UAGGCUCUGGGCUAUCUUAGCAGCCUUGUCAGUUCUCAGUGAAAACAGCCGAGUUGAGGAAAUUGUGGCCAGACAGGUAGCGAGGCAGCUCUCCCCACUGUCCCUGUGCCUGGUGGCUGCUGAGCCUGUGCACACAGAGAGCCAUCCGUCCGCUGGGAGACAGCCAGGCUGACCCCGUGUCCUGUGGGAUGUUGGGGCAAGCUCUCACCCUCACACUCCUCCUGCUCCUUAAUGGGCCUCAGGGUCAAGAAGCCUUGGCCCCGGUCGACUGUGAGGUUGCACUGGCAGGAACCCCUCUCUGGCUACGGCCCCGCAGCACACAGAUGAUGUCAGGUUCUGUGGAGUGGAAGGUGCGGCUGCACUCAGAGCCAGGAAUGCGUGUGAUACUCGAGUGGAAGAAUGCAUCUGAGUCGGACCCUGUAAACUGGGUUUCUAAUAAUUCCAACAAUAGAUUCAGUUUCAUGACUAAAGACCUAACUCUUCUCAUCAAUGCCACUCAGCUGCAGGACAGUGGCCUCUACAGCCUGGAGGUCACCAACAUAUUCGGGGAGGUUUCGACCCACAAGUUCUGUGUUUCUGUGUUUGAUCAUGUCGGGAAGCCCCGCCUGCUGGAGCAGUGGGGAGCCCUGGACAGAGGGGUGUGCCAAGUGACUCUGUCCUGCUCGGUCUCCAGAGGUGGCAAUGUGAGCUAUGCCUGGUAUAGAGGGAGUGACCUGAUCCAGACAGCGAGGAACCUUAGCAUACUGGAAGAGCGAAUUGACCCCAAAGACAUGCACACCUAUACUUGCAAUGUCAGCAACCCUGUCAGCUGGGACAGCCAGACGCUCAGACUCACUCAGGGCUGCCUGAGUGCCCAGCAGAAUUUCAGCUUCCUGCUCUUCCUGGUGACCGUCGUGCUUCUCGUCACACUGUCCCUCAGCGUCCUCGGCUGCUUCUUUGUGCACAGAAGGAAGAGGAAGCAGUUACAGCCCAGCCCAGAGGAAGUUCUGACAAUUUACGAACAAGUCCACAACUUGCCAGUCAGGAGAAAUCACGCUCCCAGGGGCCCCUCUGCUUUGCGCUGUGUCCCCCGACUUGACCCCGGUCUGCACGGACCAGCUAUCUGCCUAUAUCGCAUGUUCCUUUACUAUGUGUCGUGCAGGAGCAGCAGCAGAGUCCCCCCGGAGAAGGGACCACCAUCUACUCCAGGAUCCAGUCCCAGGUAUCACUGUGGCUUCCCGAAUUCAGUCCACGCCUGUCUAGGAGGCUUCCUCAGCCCCCUCUCCUCCAAAUUCACACUCUUCAAUGGCAGAGUAAGACCCUGGGGCUCCUGGAGCCCUGAAGACGGCUUUGCUUCAGCUGCAUGGAGCUGGUUGGAAGGACCAGCGUGGGCCUGGAGUGUCCUCACAGCGCUGAGCAGAGCUGGGAAGUCUGGUGCAGGCCGGCUCCUCCUUCUGGGCUGGCAGCAGGCGGGGCACAGAGGCAGUUGGCAGGAGAGGGGACCUGUCAGGGAACUGGGGUGCUGUUUCCCCUCCUCGCGGCUCCCAGAGCCCAGUCCUUGCCCUUUCAUCUCCACCCCCUAUUAUACCUGUUUUCAGGACAGAAAGGAUCUGUGUUGUUUUCUUGUAUCCUUGAGUGACCUGACGGUAACAUGUAGUAAGUACUUACAGUACUUACAAUGUCCAUCUUGUUAAAUGAAGCUUACGUCAGAGUCUCAUGAAGUAGGUCUAAUGCAAACCUCAGUUUGCAAACGAGGAAGCCGACUCAGAGGCUGACUAAUGUGCUCAGGGCCGCGUAGCUCAGGGCAAGCCCGGUCUCCAGUCUGCCUGCCGCACCCACUCUGUAACAUUCUGGGGGGGAGGGGGUGGAAAUUUACCCAUAAACUGGAGAAGCAUCCUUUAAUAUUGGCAGCUGAGAUGACACUAUUGAUAACCCGGCUGGGCUUCUCUUUCCAGGGAAACACUGCCUUCUGGUGGGCAAUGCAGAGAAAUUUCUGAUAAAAAUGAAUUUUUAUUUUAUUUUAUUUUUUUAAGACCUGAAGCAGCAACCGCCUCAGCUUGGUGGUGUAGCUGCAGGACAAAGAAUCCUUGGGGGGAGGUGAUGGUCCCCAGAGAAAGAUCAAGAAAAGGAGACAGAGGACAAAGCGAAGGGGCAGGAAGGAAGGGAAGCAAUUUAAGGGAGAAGAAGAUGAGAAAGUUGGUGGGGGUGGAGGUGGGGCAGCCUCUCGGCAGAUCGAGAAUUCCCAGACAGGGUGUUGCCCCCUCCUGCUUCCUUAAGGUGUGUGACUCACUGCUGGUGGGUCAGCUUGAAGGACCUCAUAGGGCUGCAGAGCCAUUGAUGUCUGGCUUUAGCCACAUUGAAUUCCAACAAGAGGCAUUGAAAUAAGUGCAAGGAAGGGCUCGUCUGAGGCUGAGAUGUUGUGAGAAUGAGACUCCUCCUCUGGCCUUGGGUCCAGAGAAGGAAGGUGGGCAUUGCGGUGUGGAGGAGACAGCCCUGGAGAGUCUGCGUGUCAACGAGCUGCUGCUGUGAACGCCCUGACUUGAGCUUUGCACCCUUCCGGAGCCCCAUCAGCAGAAUGAGGCGAAUUCCGGUCCUCUCGUCGUGCGGGAGUGUGAUAAGGGCGCGGAGAACACACGUGCAGAGUCGGUGCUCCAAAAGUAGCAACUCUGUAUGACAGAAAGGGACUAGCACUCGGUUGUCUGUCCUCCCGGUCAGUCCAGGGUUCUUCUGACCAACAUGUAAAGCUCCUGUCUGGGCAGGCUGGAGGGGGUGGGAUGAAGAAACGACCUCCGACCCCAGGGUUGUGCUAGACCAAUGCUUCUGAAAUGAUUGU